CAUGAAAUAAACAGCGUUUGAACUUCCGGCGAGAAGCGGAAGUUGUUAUUUCUCCAACACAUGUUUUAAUCGACGGCGUAAAUUGCGGCUUUUCUCUUCUUUAUUCUCGUGUUUUUCCUUUCGAGGUUCUUCAUAAGCUGAAAGGGAACAUGGUCAAAGUACAGUUUCGUGAAGCCGAUGUGGCUAAGAAAAUUAGCCACGUAACAUUCGGCCUGAUGAGUAAAAACCAGAUGCAACAAGCCUCUCAUAUUCACGUUGUUAGCAAAGAUUUGUAUAUCCAAGGAGCCAUUCGUAAACCUGUUGUUCAUGGUGUCUUGGAUCACAGAAUGGGUACCAGUGAGCGAGACAGCAACUGUGAGACGUGUGGAAAAUGUUUGGCUGAUUGCACAGGUCAUUUUGGUUACAUUGAUUUGGAACUCCCUGUCUUUCAUAUUGGAUACUUCAGAUCCAUCAUCACUAUUUUACAGAUGAUUUGUAAAACUUGCAGUCGUGUACUGUUGCCUGUGCAUGAGCGGUCAGCAUUUAUUGAUGCUGGUCGAAAUCCACACAUGACCUACUUGCAGCGUAAAAACCUGAAGAAAAAGAUAUUGACUCGAUGCAAAAAAAUUAACAAGUGUGUUUAUUGUUUCUCAUUUAAUGGUAUGGCUAAAAAGAUUGGAAUGUUAAAAAUUGCUCAUGACAAAUACAAAACUCCCAGGAAAGACUCUGAUCCAAUUAUCACAGAUUUCCUGUCAUCAUUUGAGUCCUGCAAAGAGUACAACAAAGAAAUAGAACCCUUAUUAUCAAAGACUCAGGAAAUUCUCACACCUUUAACUGUUUUGGACUUAUUUAAAAGAAUUCCAGAAGAGGAUAUUCCAUUACUUGUGAUGAACCCCGAAGUUGGUAAACCUGAGGAUUUAAUAUUGACACGAAUAAUGUGCCCUCCAUUGUGCAUUCGUCCAUCUGUGGUAUCUGAUUUAAAGUCUGGCACUAAUGAAGAUGAUAUAACAAUGAAAUUAACGGAGAUCAUUUUUAUGAAUAAUGUCAUUCAAAAACAUCGAGCCUCUGGGGCUAAAAUGCAAAUGAUAAUGGAAGAUUGGGACUUUCUCCAGUUGCAGGUGGCACUAUUAUAUAACAGUGAAACAUCAGGGAUUCCACUCCAUAUGCAACCCAAAAAAUUCACUCGAGGUUUUGUUCAGCGACUAAAAGGAAAACAAGGACGUUUUCGUGGAAAUUUGUCUGGAAAAAGAGUUGAUUUCUCUGGAAGAACUGUGAUAUCUCCUGAUCCAAAUAUGAGGAUUGAUCAGGUUUCUGUACCAGUACAUGUUGCAAAGAUUCUUACCUAUCCAGAGAGAGUAAACAAGGCUAAUAUUGUCAUGCUGAAAAAAAUGGUAACAAAUGGACCAGAUCAUCAUCCAGGGGCAAACUUCAUUGAGCAUCGAGGGACCAAAGUUAAAAAAUUCCUUCGCUAUGGAAAUCGUAUGAAAAUAGCUGGUGAGUUGAGAUUUGGUGAUAUUGUUGAGCGUCACAUGAUAGAUGGAGACAUUGUGCUUUUCAACCGACAACCUUCACUUCAUAAACUGAGUAUCCAAGCUUUUUUUGCCAAAGUCAUGCCUCACCGAACAUUCCGUUUUAAUGAGUGUUGCUGUGGACCUUUCAAUGCAGAUUUUGAUGGUGAUGAAAUGAACUUACAUCUACCACAGACAGAAGAAGCUAAGGCAGAAGCUUUAGUAUUAAUGGGGUCAAAAUCCAACAUUAUCACACCAAGAAAUGGAGAACCACUUAUUGCUGCCAUCCAAGAUUUCAUCACAGGUGGCUAUCUUAUAACCCAGAAGGAUGUCUUUUUUGAUCGGAGUCAUGCAUCACAGUUGAUUGCAUCUAUCUUAGCUUAUAAAGAUGAAAAUAUUAAAAUUGAUCUUCCAAUGCCUGCAAUUUUAAAACCUUGUCAACUGUGGACAGGGAAACAAAUAUUUAGUUUGCUGUUACGACCAAACAGUAGUUGUCCUGUGUUAGCCAAUCUAAGAACUAAAGGCAAGAACUAUUCUACUGGUGAAGAUUUAUGUUACAAUGAUUCUUUUAUUGUCAUCCGAAACAGUGAAUUACUCUGUGGUGCGAUGGACAAAGCCACGCUUGGCUCAGGUUCCAAAAACAAUAUUUUUUACGUGAUAUUACGAGACUAUGGAGAGUUACAUGCAUCCAUCACUUUGUCCAGACUUGCUAGACUCUGUCCAGCCUUCUUGUCUAAUCGUGGUUUUUCUAUUGGAAUUGGUGAUGUCACUCCUGGUCAAGGGUUAAUUAAUGCCAAAAAUCAGCUAUUACAUAAUGGUUACUCAAAAUGUGAUGGUUAUAUUAAUGAUUUGAAUGAAGGCAAACUCACCACUCAGCCAGGAUGUUCUGAAGAAGAAACACUUGAGGCUAUGAUCCUUAAAGAGUUAUCUUUGAUUCGAGACCAUGCUGGUAAAGCGUGUUUAAAAGAAUUGCACAAAAGUAACAGCCCUUUGAAUAUGGCCAUUUGUGGAUCAAAAGGUUCCUUCAUCAAUAUUUCUCAAAUGAUUGCUUGUGUUGGCCAGCAAGCUCUCGGUGGUAAAAGAGUCCCGAAUGGAUUUGAAGACAGAGCAUUGCCUCACUUUGCCCGCCAUGCCAAAGACCCAGCAGCUCGAGGUUUUGUGGAGAAUAGUUUCUACACUGGACUAACACCAACUGAAUUCUUCUUUCAUACAAUGGGUGGGCGUGAAGGUUUGGUGGAUACAGCUGUUAAAACAGCUGAAACAGGUUACAUGCAACGAAGAUUGGUCAAAUCCCUUGAAGAUUUGUGUUCUCAAUAUGAUUUAACUGUAAGAAAUUCCACUGGUGAAAUUGUCCAGUUCCUUUAUGGAGGGGAUGGUCUUGACCCAGCUUCCAUGGAAGGCAAAGAUCGGCCAGUUGAUUUCAAAAGAGUCUUGGAUCAUAUCAGAGCUGUCACAUCAUAUGAAUGUAGAGAUGAAGCAAGCCUCAGUUCAGCUGAAUUACAGGAAUUAGGUACUAAAUUAUUAAGCCUACCUCGAUUCAAAGAAGGCUUUGGAGAAGAUUUUCAGAAAGAAUUGCGUGACUUUUUGGUUGUUACUUGCAACCGCAUCAACAGUUCUUGGGAUACAUAUGGUAUAGAAUCAUUACAAAGAUCUGACAAGUCAGUAUUGUUUCAAUUGGAGAGAGUCAGCAAAACUCAGUUUGAAAGAUUCUUGGAAUGUUGUCGACAAAAAUACCUUCGAUCAAAAAUCGAACCUGGUACAGCCGUUGGUGCUGUCUGUGCUCAAAGUAUUGGAGAACCAGGAACACAAAUGACUUUGAAAACUUUUCAUUUUGCUGGUGUUGCUUCCAUGAACAUUACUCUUGGUGUGCCUCGUAUCAAAGAAAUCAUCAAUGCAACCAGGAACAUAAGCACACCAAUUAUCACAGCUCAGUUAGAUGUGGAUGAUGAUCCAGAAAUUGCUAGACGGGUCAAAGGUCGGAUUGAGAAAACCCUCCUUGGUGAGGUGUCAGAGUAUGUCGAAGAAGUUUAUUUGCCCGACGACUGUUUUCUACUUGUCAAGUUGGACCUCGAUAGAAUCAAACUGCUAAAGUUGGAGGUCAGUGUUGAUUCAAUUGUAAAUUCCAUUUGUAGUUCCAAAUUAAGGAUCAAAAACACUCAAGUUCAGAUUCACAGUGAUUCUGUGAUCACCAUAGCUCCACAGGAAACAUCCAAAAGUUCAAUGUAUUAUGUAAUGCAGCAACUGAAGAAAGAAAUACCUGAAGUGAUGAUAAAAGGAAUUCCAUCAGUGACCCGCGCUGUUAUUCAUCAAGAUGAAAAGAAAGCAAAUCAUUAUAAACUUCUAGUUGAAGGUGACAAUUUGAGAGCUGUCAUGGCUACACGAGGUGUCAAUGGAAGCUUAUCAUCUUCCAACAAUACAUGUGAAGUAGAAAAGACUUUAGGUAUUGAGGCUGCUCGCACUACAAUAAUUGAAGAGAUUGUCUACACCAUGGUCAACCAUGGCAUGAGUAUUGAUAUCCGACAUGUGAUGCUUCUUGCUGAUCUGAUGACUUGCAGAGGUGAAGUACUUGGUAUCACAAGAUUUGGAUUAAGCAAGAUGAAAGAAAGUGUCCUAAUGCUUGCUUCUUUUGAAAAAACUGCUGAUCAUCUAUUUGAAGCAGCUUUCCAUGGACAAAAAGAUGCCAUAACAGGAGUCAGUGAAUGUAUCAUUAUGGGAAUCCCGAUGAGUAUUGGAACUGGAAUAUUUAAACUACUUUACAGAGCCAGCCAUCCACCUACCCCUAUCAACCGAGCCCUUGUGUUUGAUCUGGAAGAACUACACACCCCAGAGUCACAGUUGUGACACACAAACUUGUAGAAUAAUUAUUUUCUGUUUUUUAAUAAAGCCUUUUUUACCUAAAAAAAACUUGAAAAUGCAAAUUUUUA